AUGAAUUUCAUACAAAAUAUGGCUUUGAUAUCAACAAUCUUUUGCCUGCUGUUUAUUGGUGUUAGUGCCCAAGCAACAUGUCCCAUUUUCUUGUCCAUUGGCUUGGAUGGUAAAAUGUAUCAGGAAUCAACAUUAACUCUCAACUGGGCCUCAGAUUGUUUCAAACGACCCGAAUGGUAUGGCAUUUAUACGGAAGAACCUUCAUCACGUUUACUGCAGCCCUAUAUAAAGAUUCAAAAUGUCAGUGACGGGAUUCAUCGUCUAGCCAUUAAACAAAAAGUGGGUAAAUUAAAAUUUCCCCAAGGCUGGAAUCGUAAUGAUAAUCCUUUGAAUGUGGAACGUUAUACAAAAAUGAAAUGUUUGGAUUAUUAUGUGGCCAGUUUUCGUGGUAAUGAAUUGUUGAGCGUCGAAUGUUUGAAAAUCUAUCCGAAUUGGAUGAGAAGUCACGAGGAUAUGGGACAAAUGCAAUUGAAGGAUUUAUUUAUACCGGGUACUCAUGCCUCUGGAGCCUAUUUAACGAAUUAUGGUGCCACCAAGUCGAUGCUCAUUAAGGAACACGCUAUCUCGCAAUAUUUUGAUGUCUGGUCACAAUUGGUAUUCGGAAUACGAUAUUUGGAUUUAAGUAUUGGUGUUCAAAGGGAGCGAGAUGCAAGUGAUCCGGACAAAUUCUGGAUAGUCAAUGAGAAUAUGUUCAUCAAUCAGCUACGUUACAUUUUGAAAGAUGUUCGUAAAUUUGUUGCCCGGACUGGAGAAAUUGUCAUAUUGGAUUUCAGUUCAUUUCCCAUAGGAUUUUACCAACGUCCUGCUCUUCAUAUGGAACUUUUUACAAUGAUUAAUCAAGAAUUGGGACCACAUAUUUACAUUCACAAUGACACCAAUGUUCCCUGCUAUAAUCUGACCAUUGAUGAAAUUGGAAAUACAAAUCGUACCAUUAUUGUAUUAUAUCCCAUGGAUGAGUUGCAACAUCCGGCUAAUGAAUCACCCAUUUUAUGCCAACCCUGGAAACGUUUCUCAACUGGAUUUAUGAACACAUCGGAGGCAUUGGACUACAUGCGUUUGUUGUUUAGUAAAAAGAAAACCUCACCGGUACAGGAUGAAGGUUGGACCUUCAAUGCCAUUAAAAGCAUGGAACAAUCUUUGAAUGCCGGCAAGUUGCAGACCUCAAAAGAACGUGCCUUACACAUUAACUCGAAAAUUUCGAAUUGGUUACGUGGACCUUGGGGUAAAACGGCAAAUGUUGUAACUUUGGACUACUUCAGCAGCACGAAUCUCGUAGAUCUGGCAGUCAACAUCAAUAUACAAAAGGCAUUUUUGAAAUCGAACAAAAAUUAUAUACAUUUUGAAAUUACUGUUUAA